AUGGCCACCGCGCUCGUUCCAAUCAAUCUCAACGACCGCUCCGAAUGGGAGGAACUCCGCCAGCAUCGCCUAGCCUGCGGAUGGGACCACUCCCCAGAAAGCCUUGAGCUUUGGCGCCAGAAGCAGAAAGCCGGCCUGAAGUCGUUCUUCUGGGUCACCACCACCGCCGCCACAACUGACGACGGAGAGCAAACACCCAUUCGUGCCGGCCACAUUUCACUCGAUGCCUACGCUGAGCCCGCAGAUUGGGACCUCGCCAACGCAGACAAAACCAACCUCACCAUCCAGACGUUCUUCAUUCUGCCAAAAUAUCGCGCAGGAGGUCUCGGUCGCGCGGCGAUGAAAUUGGUCGAGGCGUUGGCAACAGAGGAACCGUACGGAAGCAAGAACUGCGAAUACAUCACGCUGAACUGCAUGAGCAAAGCUCACUACUAUGACGAGGUCUUGGGUCCGAUUCUCAAGAGGACCCUGCCAAUCUGCAACGAGGAGUGGUACGAGAAGCAGGGAUACGUCGCUUGGAAGACGGAACCGCGGUACGAGGACAAAUUGGAUUUGCCCGACAGAGAGAAGAUUAUUUGGGACGCGACCUUUAUGCGGAAGAAGGCGAACAGAGUUGAGGGUCAACCUUGA